AUGAUCUAUGCUGGCCAAAGAGAGAUCAACGUGUGUACUCGAGAACUGGCCGAUGAGGUCUGUGACGAGACUCGUUUCCACAAGCUUGUCGCCAGCGGAGUUUUGACGUUGCGGCAAGUCGUCGAAGACGCCCUCUUCACCGCACACCAUGGAAGCAGGCAGUGGGGUAUCACACACCGUAUCCUCAAACCAAUCUUCGGGCCUUUGAAGAUCCGGGGUAUGUUUGAUGACAUGAAGGACGUCGCAGAGCAACUUUGUCUCAAGUGGGCUCGGGACGGACCAAACGCCUCCAUUGACAUAGCCUUCGACUACACUCGACUUACAUUAGACACCAUUGCGAUAUGCCUAAUGGACUAUCGAUUCAAUAGCUUCUACCUCGGUGGAAAGCACCAUCCUUUUGUGAAGCACAUGGUAGACAUUUUGGCUGAGGCUGACAUUCAGUCCAUGUUACCUGACUGGGCAGGCAUUUUCCGGCUUCGAGCCAUGCUGAAAUUCAAGAAGGACAUCAAGCUCAUGCACGCACUUUGCCGCAGUAUGGUGGAGUUUCGACGACAGAACCCUGUGGACAGGGAUGAUUUCCUUAACGCAAUGCUGAAGACUCCAGACCCAGAGACAGGCGAGAAACUCAACGAUGAGGAGGUCGUGCGAAACCUCAUAACCUUUCUUGUGGCAGGCCAUGAAACGACUUCCGGAAUGUUGUCUUUCGCCACAUUCUACCUCCUCGAGCAUCCCGGGACGCUUCACAAGUUACAGGACGAAGUUGACAGGGUUGUUGGCGAAGACUCGAUAACGUUGCAGCACAUCCAGAACAUGCCGUACAUGGACGCAGUCUUCCGGGAGGCUCUGCGACUUAUGCCUACCGCCGUUGCUUUUUAUGUAACUCCAUAUAAGGACGAAAUCAUUGGGGGAAAGUACCUUGUCCAUCCGGGAGAAGCGAUCUGCCUCCUUCUCGAUCCCAUACAUCGCGACAAGGCAGUCUGGGGUGAUGAUGCUGAUGAGUGGAAGCCCGAGAGGAUGAUGCAAGAUAAAUUCGAUGCUUUGCCGCCAAAUUCAUGGAAACCCUUCGGAAAUGGCUCGCGCAUCUGCUUGGGCAUGGCUUUCAGCUGGCAGGAAGCAAAACUUGCUCUGGCUAUCAUACUUCAAAACUUCAACCUCAGCAAAGAUGACCCCAAUUACACGUUGAAAAUCAAGCAUCUCUUGACUAUUAAGCCCGACGGCUUCAAGAUCCGAGCAGAACUGAGGCAUGGGAGGAAUGCCACUUCAUUCCAUCGCAGUCUUAGAAGCGAGAGUUUGAAAAGUACCAAAGAAGCAGCAGCGCCGGGCACGGCAGUGUUGCAGCACCAGGGUCGCCCGAUGACAAUUCUUUACGGUUCCGAUACAGGCACUUGUGAGGCUCUCGCCAAACACUUCAAGGCCGAGGCUUCAACCAGAGGAUUCAGUCCAAGUAUCUCCACCAUGAAUAUGGCUUUGAAGGAGUUACCGCCAGGCCAGCCUGUAAUAUUCAUUCUUGGCACAUACCAUGGAAAGGCAGCCAGCAAUGCAGCGCAGUUCUUGGAGUGGAUUCAGAGUGAGGAACCCGGUCAGCUGAAAGACGUCGAGUAUGCCGUCUAUGGUGUCGGUGAGUCAGACAUCAACCAGACCCUGAUCAAGGGCCACAGUGACUGGACACAGACAUUUUACAAGGUCCCGGAAUUUCUCGACACCCAAUUAGAGAAGCUUGGCGCUAAGAGGUUAUCGCCAAUGGGAAGGGCCAACACCGCCAAAGACGAUGUCUUCGACUCUCUCGAGACAUGGCUGGCCGGACAGCUGUGGCCAACCCUCAGUGCAGGAGAAGAGCCGCAAUCCGACGGUAUUCAAACCGAUACCAGGCUGAAAGUCACCGUUGGCGAACAACCACCACGCAACCACACCCCCCGAAAGGGCUUUCAUGCCGCAGUCGUCACCGAGACGAGGCUUCUUUCCAGCCCUGGUGUUGCUCAGAAAAGACACAUCGAGCUCCAACUGCCAGCUGAAAUUUCUUAUGAGGCUGGUGAUCACCUCCACGUCCUUCCAACGAAUGACUUGUCCAUUGUCAAGCGUGCUCUGUCUUGCUUUGCCUUGAAGGGGAACACCGUGGUCACUAUCCACCCGGGCUCGGCAAGUUGUCCUCCACCAGGCCACAUACCCACCAACACUCCCUUGACAGCGUUAGAGCUGUUUUCGAGCUACUUCGACCUCCGGCGUGCGGCCAGCACACGUCAGAUCGAUUUACUCAUCGAUACUGCGGUAGGCGAGGAGACCAAGCAGUCCCUGCGAGAAGUUUUAACAGACAACAAGAACACUGCCAGCAUAUUGGAUCUUCUGGACCGAUUCGAGCCGGGCGAGGUCCCUCUGCCCCUUUCUUCCUUUCUGCUCAUGCUGUCACCGAUGCUACCUCGGGUCUAUUCCUUCUCGUCGUCGCCACGUUGGAAGCCUGGCCACGGUACCUUGACCUACAGUGUGGUAGAUCGGGCCGCCGCAGGCCCAAACAAGGGAGUUGCAUCGAAUCACUUGGCAUCUCGGGAGCCUGGAUCGAUUGUCUACGUCUCGUUGCCGGCUAAUCAAGCGCUUUCAUUGUUUCGCCUGCCUGCACCAGAGCUCAAGACACCAGUCAUUAUGAUCGGAGCCGGUACAGGCCUUGCUCCAUUUCGAGGCUUUAUCCAGGAGCGUGCUUGGUUCAUCAAGAACAACGAGGGAGGGAGCGGCCACCUUUCGCCUGCUCUGCUGUUCUUUGGUUGUCGGGGCUCGAGUCUCGAUGAUCUUUACCGCGGCGAGCUAGAUUCAAUGGAAAAGGACUCUGUUGUGGGUGUACGGAGGGCAUACAGCCGGGAACAGGAGGAGGGUGGUUGUCGCUAUGUUGCGGACACGGUGAAGAGUCAUGUCGAGGAAAUCGUUCAGCUGUGGGACAGAGGCGCCAGGCUAUACAUAUGUGGAGCAAAGAGUAUGUCAGACGGAGUCUUUUCAGUGCUCUCUCCGGUACUAUUCGAGGCGGAUAGAACCGUCGGGAGAACGGAUGAGGCGUCUGUUGAUGGUUGGUUCAGAGCUCUGCCGCGAGAUCGGUAUUUGGUUGAAAUAUUCAAUUAG